CAUAACUAACUGUUCUACAAGUUGGACGCGCAAUUGAAGCGAGGUGGAAAGGCAGAUGGAAUCAUCGAUUUGGGAAUACAGUGUAAUCCUCUUCCUACGUCCUCUCUUCGCCAUAGCUUUCGUUCUCUCCUUAAUCUCUCUAGGUUGGUUAUUGGCAUGGAAAUUGGUGUUGGUUCAUGUUCCUUUAGUACAAGAGAUUUUUGGUCUAAAAAAGAAACCUGUUCGAUCUAAGCCCCAAACUGGUCGUCUCUCCAAAAUUUACAGCAACCUUAAUAAUCCCCCAAUUUCAUCUUCAUCUUCCUCUUAGAUAUGAUCAUUGAAUUGUAAACAGUUUGUUGUCAAUGGCUAACAUGGAAGCACAGGUAGUGACUCACUGAUUGAAAUAAAAUGAAAAAUUUCCCAGCAGAUGCCUCAAAAGCUCAGGGAUGUUUAUAUGUUUAUAUUUGUACACAAUAUUAGUUCAUUAAUUACUCUAUAUGUUGCUCUGUGGAACUACUUCGGCAAAUCCAAGUGAUAAUUAUUUAUGAUUUAUUUUUAUGAUUGUCA